ACCCCUUUCUAUUUUGCCCUAGUUAAAUUAAACGAACACAAAGAUGCGGGAGUUAACCGAAGAAGAGACUAAAAAGCUUUUCGAAAAGCUAACCCAGUAUAUCGGAGCAAAUGCUCCACACCUCCUCGAUCGUAAGGGUGAAGAAGAACAUGUGUUUCGUCUGCACAAGGGUCGUAUUUGGUAUAUGCCACUCCGCCUUGCUAAGCUUUCUAGUUGUGUUGCCAAGUCUAAUCUCAUGGGAAUCGGCGUAUUGUUUGCAAAGGUGACUCAUAGUGGUAGUAUCCGUAUUCAAGUAACUGCACUUGAAUACAUUGCACAGUAUUCUCUCUUCAAGAUUUGGAUAAAGCCUAAUCAAGAGCAAAAAUUUUUGUAUGGGGGUAAUGUCACGCGUGCAGGUCUCGGACGCAUUACAGAGUCUACUCCAAAGUAUCAGAAAGUAAUCGCGUUUUCAAUGGGUGACAUUCCUCUUGGUUUUGGGGUUGCCGCUCAGAGUACCUUAGAAUGCCGAAAGUGCGAAAUGAAUGCCCAAGUCCUCUUCCAUGAAGCCGAUAUUGGUGAAUAUCUGCGUAAUGAGGCUAGAAUGACGUAA